UCGGGCACUAUACAACACUUUAACAUAAGCAGCUGUUUUCUUUUUGGUUCGCUGUGAACCAAAUAUUUUGAUAUUUAGAAAAAAAUGGCAUUAUCCCGCGCCAAGCCCGGUGAACUGCCCAAGGACGCGGUUGUCAUAACAGAGGAUCAGGCUCUUAAAUACCAAUGGAAGAUUAUAACUGCCUGGGACAAAAUCGGCGAUGUGUGGUCGUUGCGCUACACGCCCGGAAUUCUGAGUGCGUUGGCUGCGGGAACGGGCGCCUAUAUAAAUAAUCAUUAUCGUACAAAGCUGCGACUCGGAGGACAUGGUCGCUUGUCCAGUUACCUGCCGAUUGUCGCCGUUCCUGCCAUAUUCACCAUGCUGGCGCACAAGUUCUUCAUUCAGCGGCCCAUUCUACUAAAUCCACUGGGCGAGUGCCCGGUGUGCAUCCAGGUGCGCAGUGCUGCCUUUCAGACAAGUCUGGGCAUCGUCUAUCCCACGAUUCUGGCCCCAUUCGCCGCAUUUAUGUUCGCAACCCGCUGCUACACGUACCGCAUUCCCUCGAUUACGGAAAGUCCAAGGGAGGUGUUUCUGUUGUGGCGAAAAUUUACACGCCCCAUUGUCCCGGCCUUGGGAACCAUAAUCGGCCUGCAGGCUUUGCUAACCAUGUUCCUUACAGGCCAGGAGGAAAAGCAGAACUUUAAACUUAUGCUGCGCAUGAGGGAGAUCGAGCACCAGCUGGAACAGGAACAUUUGCCACAACGAAUGGACUUUUAAUUGUUGCACAUUUUUAACUUAGCUGAAAUAGAGGCGCAUUUCAGAAUUUA